UCACGUUUUGGUCGUCUAUCGUUGGAAAUAAUAUUAGAAAUCACUUAAUAAAUAAAUAACUAAUGCUUUACGAUAUCUUUACAUAGUAUCCGGAAAAUAAGUAACCUCUGAUAUAUUUGAAAAAUGGAAAUCAACAACCUUAACAAUGAGGCAAAGCCAACAAUUCGUAAAAGUUCUUUCAACUUACGAAGGCUCCGGUUAUCUCUGAAAUUCAGACCAGAAAUAUUGAAAUUAGUGUUAAAAAUGAGGCAGAAAAUAAGGAAAAAAGCACGGCUCAUUAAAGAGAUGAAGAAACAAUUGGAAAGCCAGACACAUUCCACAGCCACAAAAAUCAACUCAAGCACACAGACUGAAAAUUACAACAACCAAGACUUAGUUGAAAUUAAUAAGUCUGACUGCAAACAAAUUGACAAAAUAAAACAUCAUAAUGCUUCUACACAAACAGACAAUCUGCAAACAGACAAAUUAGAACCUAAAACAAAUGAAAACCAAAACGAAAAGGACAAUGAGUCAGUUACGGAAAGUUCAAAUGUAACUGUUAAGAACAGUGGUUGGAGUUUGAAUAGUGAAGAGAAUGAGAAGAGUAUAGCAGACCAGGUGAAAGAAGUGGCACAGAGCGCUAUGCAGCAGUCGGGGAUGGUGUUCGUAGAGUCCGCAGGAAUGUACUAUGAUUAUAAGACUGGGUAUUAUUAUAGUGCUGACCUUGGUCUAUAUUACCAUCCUGACACAGGAUGCUACUACCGCUACUCGGAAGAUAAGCAAACAUUUGAGUUCCACUCCUACCCUGACCGCAGCAAGACUGCCACCAACCCUGAGUAUGAAGCCCAUGAGAAGAGAAAGGCUCGGAAACUCAAGAAGGCAAGACAACGCGAAGAAGCCGACAUAGAAAACCUGACGAAAAAUCUAUCCCAGGGAAACGAAGAAGAAAGCAAAGCGAAGCGAAGAAAGAAAAAUAAAAAAGUUGAGAAUGGAGACAAUGAUACCAAAGAAUCCGAAAAUAAAGCUAAUGCAGACAAAAGUGAGAAUGCCAUUGAUAAAGACAUAAAAAUCAUAAAAUCACCUGAAAAAGGUGAUAUCUUUGAUGAUGCUGACAUGAAAGAAGAUACAGAGACAGUGGAGCCUCAAGAUCUAGAAGAGGGAGAAUGCAGCGAUUCAGAGGAUGAAGCAGAAGAUAAAAAGAAGGUGGAAGAAGAAGUUGAAUCUGAUGAUUCAGAUGCUAGCGUGUCUACUUUUAGCAAUGAUGAUGAUUCAAUAGCCAAGCAUCACCCGCCGUCCAUGCGAGUGAUCGUGCGAGAGACGAACCUACCCAAACUGAAGGUGGGAACGCUGUUCCUGGUCACUAAAGAUGGCGGCACUGUCGGCAGAGAGGGCAGCAGUCAUUGCAUACUUAUAGAAGAUUAUAAUGUUUCGAGGAAUCAUCUAGACAUAAAGUACGAUACGAGCAGAAGAACAUACACAGUUACAGAUCUAGGAUCCAAGAAUGGAACCACGCUCAACGGCGUGAGGAUAUCUGAGAGUCAAAUUAUUAGUGAACCAGUUGAGGUAAUGCACGGAAGUACAUUACAACUAGGUGAGACCAAAUUGCUGUGCCACAUACACCCUGGAAUCGACACUUGCGGGCAUUGCGAACCCGGUCUCGUCAUGGAAACCCAAGAAAAAGAGAAAAAAGCCGCCUACACUCGAACGUGUAGCGUUCAGAAACAGCAUCAACUAGAACUAGCACGCCUCAAGAACAAAUACGCGCCCAAGCCUUUAGCAAUAGAAGAAACGGCUUACAACGACCGGGCCAAGGAGAGGCGAGACAAAGUAGGAUCCUCCCACCAUUCCGAGAAAACGCAGAGCGCUGACUUAGAUACGUUUAUAGCCCCCGAAAACAAAGGCUUCAAGUUACUGCAGAAGAUGGGUUGGUCGAAGGGCGAGGGACUCGGGAAGGACAGCCAAGGAGACACAGAGCCGAUUCCGCUAGUAGGCAACGAUGGCACAUCAGGCUUAGGCACGGGGGCUGCCUCUGCGCCUUCUCUAGUCCCCAAGUUCGCUCCUAAGAACCUCCUCGGCACCUCCACUAUGAGACUGGCAGCCAAGACGAAGAUGCUUCAACCUCCCGCUAAAGCAUUUCAAGAUCCAGAGGACGAUGACUCUGGUGACGAAUAAAGUUUUCUUCUUCAGUCGUUCCCUCAAUGCUGAGGAUCGUGGCAUCAUGUUAUUCUGUUGACCUCAUAGAUCACACCUCCUAGGUACCUAUGGUAGGUAUUUUGUAAAUAUGUAAACACCUAGGUAUUAAUUUAUAUUUUAUGUUUAAACAAUUGUUUCAUAUGUUACUUUUAACGUUGAGCGAAAGAAUAAAUAGAAUAGUUAUAACUGUUAAGUUCCAAAUGACUAAGAAAAGCUCUGUUAUUAACAAACUUAAUGUAAGUUAAUAAACUAUUUUAUUAC